AAGGGCUAACGGUUUCCGGUAGUGGUAGCCCCGGAGGGUGGGAGGAAAGAGGUGACACCGUGUCCCGAAACCCCGAACUCUGAGAACGAGAUGAUGGGCUUCGGGGUGUCCGCGUUAGAGUCCACCGAAAGCGAAGAGGCCCUGGAGGCCCCGGGGCCACCCCCGGAGCCCCGAGCCCCGGAACCCCGUGCCCCAGAACCCGAGCCGGGCUUGGACUUGAGCCUGAGCCCGAGCCCGCUGCCCGAGAGUCCGAAGCAGCGGAAGAACAGCCCGGGUCAGCGGAAGGGGCGGCGGGGCGGUAGCCGGAGGGGGCGGCAGGUUCGUUUCCGACUGGCGCCGCUCUCCCCGGUCCGGUCCGAGCCGCUGCCGGCGGCCGGUGCACCGGGCGACAGCCACGAGCUGGAGGCGCCGGCCCUGCAGAGCAGCCUGGCUUUGAGUCUCGAGCUGCAGAACGCGCGCGCCGCUGUCGCCAGCGGCCAGUUUGAUGCCGCGAAGGCGGUGGAGGAGCAGCUGAGAAAGUCGUUCCAGACCCGCUGUGUCCUGGAGGAGGCCGUGGCGGAGGGGUUGAACGUGCCGCGCUCUAAGCGGCUCUACCGAGACCUGGUGAGUCUGCAGGUGCCCGAGGAGCAGGUCCUGAGCGCGGCGCUGAGGGAGAAGCUGGCGAUGCUGCCACCGCAGCCCCGAGCCCCGCCCCCGAAGGAGGUGCUCGGGCCGGGGCCAGACAUGACCAAGCUGUGCAACCAGGAUUCUCUGUGGUACGAAUCUCCGCACUUGACAGUGGAUGGGCUGCCCCCGCUAAGGCUUCAAGCCCGGCCCCGCCCUUCAGAAGAUACCUUUCUCAUGCAUCGGAUGCUGAGGCGCUGGGAAGCAUAGACCUCAAAACUUCGGAAUUGCUAGUCUGCAUCUUUUGUUAGAACUUUUUUUUCAUAGAAUAAAAUGUUCCUUUCACCGCCCCCCCCCCCCCUUACCAAACUCUUCUUGAGAGCAUAGAUAGGAUUAAACUGCUUCAGGGUCUUAGGUCCUGUAGGUGGACCUCCCCACUCCCCCAUGAUGGCAAGUGGAAAGCAUUGUCCUUAGUGUGAGGUCAGCCCUUCCUCUCCACUUAAAUCACUACCUUUGUUUUAAUUAUAAUUAGAACUUGAGCCUUAGCCCGACACUGAGGCAACGUGCAUGUCCCAGCACUUGGGAGGCCGAGGCAGAAGGAUUCUAUGUCCAAGGGCAGUCUGAGCUACAUAUGUUAUUUUGAUAUGGUUUCAGGCUGUGUAGGUUCAGAUCAGUGGUAGUAUCUGGUGAAGCAUGUACAAAGCCCUGGGUUCAAUCCCCAGAGUGAGUGUGCAAGAGUAUAGGCAAACAGUAGUCAGAGUGCUUUAGAUUCCACUUUGACUGGGUGUGAUGAACACUUGAGGUGUUCACAGGAGCAGGCAUUCCAGGCCAACCUAAGUUAGUUGACACUGUCUCAAAACAACAGUACACACACACACACACACACACACACUGCCCAUUUGUCUCUCUACGUAGCUCUGGUUGUCCUGGAACUCAUUAUGUAGUCUUGAGUUGGUCUUAAACUCAAGAGACUUGCCUGCCUCUGCCUCCCAAGUGCUGGGACUAAAGGCAUGUACCACUACACCUGGUUAUUCAAAUACUUCUGAGCAAAAAGUCCUUACCCAAAUGUGAGUUUUAACAUUAAAUGAUUGCUUCAAAGGA